CUCCUCCUCUUCCUCUAUCCUCCGCUGCUCCCGACGCCCGGCUCCUCCGCUACCCUCCCCUGGGAACCCCGCGGCGUCACUCUCUCUCUUUCCCUCAGUCCUAACCCUGAGCUCCUCUGCUUUCUUCUGUGGCCCACCUCAGGCCCUCCACUUCCUUUACCUACCCCCACCCCCAGUCUGACCCCCUGGGCCUCUCUGGACCCUCUCCUUCCUGUUCUCUGCCUCCAGUGCUCCCCACCCUCAUCUCCAGACAACCAUGGCCACCAUCCCUGACUGGAAGUUACAGCUGCUAGCCCGGCGCCGGCAAGAGGAGGCAGCCCUUCGUGGUCGUGAGAAGGCUGAGCUGGAGCGGCUGUCCCAGAUGCCAGCCUGGAAAAGGGGUCUCCUGGAGCGCAGACGGGCCAAGCUUGGUUUGUCUCCUGGAGAGCCGAGCCCUGUGCCUGGGACUACAGAGGCUGGACCUCCAGACCCAGAUGAAUCCACCGUGCUCCUGGAGGCCAUUGGGCCAGUGCACCAGAACCGAUUCAUUCGCCAAGAGCGGCAGCAGCAGCAGCAGCAGCAGCAGCAGCAGCAGCAACAGCAGCGGAGUGAAGAGCUACUUCCUGAGAGGAGGCCUGGACCUUUGGAGGCCCGGGAGCGUAGAACCAGCCCUGGGGAGAUGUGUGAUCAAAGCCCCAAGGGAAGAGAGUCUAGAGAAGAGUGGCUCAGUUCCAGGGAGACCAGAGAGAGGAGGUUAGGGGUAGGGGGGGCUCGAGAGUCAAGCCCCAGGACUUUGGAGGCCCAGGACCAGAGGCAGAGUCCUGGAGAGUCUGGAGACCAGAGCUCCAGACUGUCAGAGCUUCAGAAAUGGAGGCCGAGCCCUGGAGAAACGUCAGAGCGCAGUCUGAAACUGACAGAACCCAGAGAACAAAGCCCCGGGAGGAAAGAGGUGGUGACAAGUAGACUGAGCCCAUCAGAGGCUGAAAACCAGAAGUUGGGCUUGACUGAGGCCCACAAGUGGAGGCCAGACCCUGGAGAGUCUCAAGAACAGCGUUUGCUACAACGAGAGGCAUCAGAGUGGAGGAAUUCAGGAGAAGAAAGGAAAAACUGCUCUGAGGAAUGUGGGAAAAAGGAAGAGAGGCCAGUUCCGAGUACGGCCUCAGAAGAGAUUACGGAAGAGACCCUGACGAGGGAUGUACCAGACUACAGCCCUGGGAGAAUGGAGGCAACAGAACAGAGUCCCAGCGCUGUGGAAGAUGGUGAGAGGGGCUUAAGGCUGACAGAAGGGUGGAAGUGGACCUUGCACUCUGGGAAGGCUCGAGAAUGGACACCCAAGGACACAGAAACUCGAACUCAGAAACCAGAACCUCCAGACUCAACUGAGAAGUGUCGGGGGUCAUUUGGUAUGGGGGCAGGGGAAGGGGAGGCUAAGAAGGAGGCGGGGGCUCGGGGCAGGCCCCUGGGCGUCCUGCAGAACCGCUGCCCUGCGCCCUCCCCUCUUCCACCAGAGGACGCUGGGACUGGAGUCUCUAGACUGAAGGAAGAGGAAGCAGUGGAACCCCAGCCCCCACCAGCCCCACCUGCCCCCCAGUCUCCUGGGGAUCCCCUCAUGAGCCGGCUGUUCUAUGGGGUGAAGGCAGGGCCAGGGGUGGGGGCCCCACGCCGCAGUGGACACACCUUCACAGUCAACCCCCGAAGGUCCAUGCCCCCUGCGACCCCCGCCACUCCAGCCACCUCAGCCACCGAGGAUGCUGCAGCCUCGGGGGCUGGGAAGAAGCGGUACCCGACUGCUGAGGAGAUCUUGGUUCUGGGGGGCUACCUCCGCCUCAGCCGCAGCUGCCUUGUCAAGGGGUCUCCUGAGAGGCACCACAAACAGCUCAAGAUCUCCUUCAGCGAGACAGCCCUGGAGACCACGUACCAAUACCCCUCUGAGAGUUCGGUUCUGGAAGAACUGGGUCCAGAGCCUGAAGGGCCCAGUGCCCCCAGUCCAGCCGCCCAACCCGACGACGAAGAAGAUGAGGAGGAGCUGCUACUGCUGCAGCGGGAGCUCCAGAGUGGGCUGCGCACCAAAGCCCUGCUAGUGGAUGAGUCCUGCCGCAGGUGACCCUCCUCCAACCCAGGGCAAGCCCUCCCUCCUCCUCAGAACUGAAGGUCCUGGAACCCUGAAGAUUCAGAGCAGACAGACCCUGAAAAUGAGCCUGGCAGGGAAGGGCAGCCAGUGUCUUCCAACUUGUUUCCGUCUUCCUGUUUCUGGGGGCAGAGCCAAUCACUCAAUUUCCGCCCUUCUCCAGGUCCGUGUUGUGAGAGGUGCAGGUGUGCUGGUGUGUCCUGCGUGACCCAAGAGUGAGCACCGCGUCCUGGGGAGGAGCACAGAGCUUGUGGGGGGAGGAGAUGGAGCAUCCCCUCCACAGGCUGGGUACACGCUCCCUACAGUCACCCUUGACCUCCUGCCCCACUGCGGGCUGUCAGGAUCAAGCACCCAUCUCCCUGGGAGGCCUGGUCCCCACUCCGCUUCAGGCACCUCUCUCCCCUAUUCCUGAGGUCACUGCCCUUUUGUUUACAGUUCCUACCUGUUCCCUCGACCACAGCCUGGUUUACAAGCCCCGCCAGCUCCAGCCUUGUCCGCCAAGGUCCCAGGUUUACAAGUCACACCUACUUGCCAUGUCCAUGUGAAAUCCUCUCCCCUGCCCCCUGCAGUCACCUCAUUUGAGUGACUCAGGGUGUGGCUUCUUCCACUUUUGUUCAGUAUUUCUCCAAAAGGGGCAGCUGGAAUCUGAACUCCACACCCUGCUCGAGUUAUUUAAUUCUGUUUUCCCUAGUGAUUCAAAACUGAAUUGAAUUGCAAAGGUAUGGGGUGGCUAAGGAGGCACCUCAACUGUCCCCCAUUUUGUCCUUCCUUGUCAAUUGCCUAUUGUUUUUGUAAAACAACUUUCCAUAAUAAAAUGGAGCUCUCUCUGA